UCACUUUUCCCCCUAUUUUCGCUCUGGUUUUGUUGGGUUUGUUGGCUUCUCCUUCUUCUACUCAGACAACUCGCUCUUUAUCUCUCACUAUCUCUCUCACUCGGUCCAUUUUCUCCAAAGAAAUCAUCUUCCUCCUACUAUUGAUCUCAAGCAGACAGUUACCGGGCAUCAAAGGUGUCGCCUUUAAUGAACGAUUAGCCGAGAUUGGGCAUUCUUUCUUCUCCAACAAGCUGCAAUCGUUUGCCCAUCUUGAUCCCUCAAUCUCCACGGAUCUUUUCCCAUUUUUAGCCCGCUUUGAGCUUUUAAUGUGUUUCAGGUCAUGGGUUGGCUUUGAUCUUCUCGCCGUUUAGGCUUCUGCUUUUUCGUUUAAUGUUUUGCGGUCCGUGGAUUGAAAGUGGAAUGUUCUACUUUCGCUUUCCGAUCAUAAAGCCGCGUGUUAUCUGAAAACUGCAGCUGUGUUUGCCAUUUGGGUUCUUUUCUUGCUGCCGUUUCUUUGGCCUGCGCUUUAAUAACUUCCCACCCACUCUUUUCAAAUUCGCCCAAUCUGAGUUCUGAAAGCGUUUUUUUUUUCUUUUUAAUUUCACCCAGGUUUGUUUAUUUAAUCCCUCUUCGUUUUCUUCUUCGUGUUUUGAUUCUCCUGUCUGAUUUCGAUUGGGCGACCGUAUCGCAGUUAUUGAAGAGGAAACAUGGGGGAGUUCGUGGAAUUCCGGUCAUGGGAGGAGCUGAUCCCGGAUGCUCUGGGAUUGAUCUUCCGCAAUCUUCCUCUUCAGGAGAUUCUUUCAGUGGUUCCUAGGGUAUGCAAGUCGUGGAACCGGGCGGUGUCCGGCCCUUAUUGCUGGCAAGAGAUCGAUCUCGAGGAGUGGAGCCGCAGGGUCGAGCCUGAACAGAUCGAACGAAUGCUCCACCUUCUCGUCCGUCGGAGCUCCGGUUAUUGUCGACGCCUCGCCGUCUCCGGCGUCCCUAAUGAUUCCAUCUUAUCCUUCAUCGCCGAUUAUGCUGGUUCGCUUCAGUCCCUCGAGAUGCCGAGGAGCGAGAUGAGCGACGCCAUUGUCGAGCUAGUUGCGGGAAGGCUCUCUAACAUCACCUUCUUAGAUAUCAGUUCCUGCAAGAACAUCGGUGCUCGGGCUCUAAAAUCAUUUGGCCUACACUGCAAAUCUCUAGUCAGCCUCCGGCGCACAAUGCACCCUCUCGAGGUUGCCGGCAAAGUGUGCCAGGACGACGAAGCCCUCGCCAUUGCCCUCAGCAUGCCCAAGCUCCGACACCUCGAGCUGGCUUAUCUCCUCCUCACAACCGAAGGUGUCCUUCAAAUACUCUCCCAUUGUCAAGAGCUUGAGUUCCUUGACAUAAGGGGAUGCUGGGAUGUCAAGCUUGAUGAGAAAUUGAUGAAGGAGAAGUAUCCAGAGUUGAAGAUUCUCGGCCCCGACAUUGUCGAUUCCUACGAGAGGAGCUUCUGGAAUGAAUGCUCAGAUUACUCUGAUACUUCAGAGUAUUCUUGGGAUUUCAUGGAUGAUGAUGAUGAUGAUGAUGAUGAUGAUGGUGGCUAUGAAGAUAUGAGUGAUGAAGAAACUCUUUGGAAUGGUGAUAUUGAUGAGCGCAAUGUGGAGAGGUUGCAGGUCAGAUUCUAUGGAGGUGGAUUCAAUGAAGCUUUUGCUGGUUUUGAAUGGCCACUUUCUCCAUAGGAACAAAAAAGAAAAGAAAAAAAAAAAAACACGCAUUGAGUGACAUUAAAGGUCUGCUGCUAUUCUAUAAUGUUUUGUUUGUAGGCUUGUGUUGCUUUUAAUUGUUAUAUUUAUAUAUAUUUGUGGAUGUAAACUUUCUGUUUGCACGGAAUCAAAAUAUAUAAGUAGUAAAUAUCUUUUUUUUUUUUUA